AUGAUGUCCAUUUUAAUCUGGCAACUAAUCAGCGUUAUCCUUGUUAUCGCUGCGGAAGAACGUAUGGAAAAAAUUUCACUCUACGUCGUCAUCUUCAAAAUCGAUCAACAUUUUUACGAUAUGGGAAUGAAAUUAAAUCAGGAACGAUAUCCUUGUAAUCGAUGUGGAAGAACUUAUGGAAAAAAAUUCACCCUACGUCGACAUCUUCAAUACGAAUGCGGACAAUUGCCGCAAUUUGUUUGCAAUUUCUGCUACAAGCGUUUCAAACGAAAAACACAUUUUCAGCAGCAUUUACAAAAAUUUAUCAUCGUUCAAAGGAAAAAACGUAUCAUCCGAAAGCCAGGGGAGGAGAACAAAUUGAUCUCCUGUCAUUGCGGUCAACAAUUCAGGCCAAAGGAAAUAUACAAACAUCAACGAAUCGAAUGUGACAAAACACAAAAAUUCAGCUGCUCAACUUGUGGUGAACGAUUUAAUUACAAAGAACAGUGGCGAAAACACGUGAUCCUGGGUUAUCGAAUUACCGGAGGUGGGGAAUUUUCAAUGCAGGACGUAAGAAUGCCGACAAAUUUACGAUAUCCAGCCCAACGGGGACAAAUAACGCCGAUUGAAGAUCAACAUUACAUGUGUGGCGAGUGUGGAAAGGGCUACAAGUGGAUGCACAAUUUACGACGUCAUCAACGUCACGAAUGUCAAAAAUCGCCAAAAUAUUUUUGCAAUUUAUGCAAUAAAACAUUUUACAGGCGAUUCACGACAUUCUUCAAUGCGAAUACAUCGGUGACUGACAGUUUCGCCUCAUCGCUGGACAUUUUUAACAAACAGAUCAAGAUUUUCAACAGCAAAUUAAACAAACCGUUCAAUUGUGGAAAAUGUGGAAAGGGAUUUGCUCUUCAGCGGACUAGGAAUCGUCACGCAAAAUAUGAAUGUGGAUUGCCGCCAAUGUAUCAGUGUCCGUAUUGCGUUGAUUUUCGAAAAAAGCAAACUUCAUCGAUUUAUGAACACAUUCGAAAGAAACAUCCGGGCCAGGAAAUUCGAGCCUUGAGUCUCAAGACAUAA